UGGUGUUUGCUAUUGCUCGGUGAGUCGCGGGUUGGUGACGUCACUGAGCGCGCUCGCCGCGGCGGGCAUGGAAGCGGGGAUGGAGGAGUUGAUGCCGCGGCUGCUGCCCGUGGGGGACUGCGAGCUCGCUGAGGACUUCGACCCCACCGCACCCCCGCGGACGCCGCAGGAGUAUCUCAAGCGGGUGCAGAUUGAAGCUUCACAAUGCCCAGAUGUUGUUGUGGCACAGAUAGACCCCAAAAAGCUGAGAAAGAAGCAGACAGUGAAUAUUUCACUCUCAGGAUGCCAACCUGCCCCUGAAGGAUAUUCUCCAACUCUCAAAUGGCAGCAGCAACAAGUGGCCCACUUUUCAGCUGUUCGUCAGAGUCUGAACAAGCACAGAAAUCACUGGAAGUCACAGAAUUUGGACAGCAAUGUUACAAUGCCAAAAUCAGAAGAUGAAGAAGGCUGGAAAAAGUUUUGUCUGGGUGAAAAAGCAUAUUCAGAAACAGUUACUGUAGCAGAUAAUGAAAAUCUAGGAAUUGAUUAUAUACAGAUGGGCUUUCCUCCUUUGCUAAGUAUUGUUAGCCGAAUGAAUCAAGCAACUGUAACUAGUGUCCUGGAAUAUCUGAUUAACUGGUUUUGGGAGAGAGAAUUUACUCCAGAACUGGGUAGAUGGUUCUAUGCUCUGCUGGCAUGUCUUGAAAAACCUUUAUUGCCUGAAGCCCACUCUCUAAUUCGCCAGCUGGCAAGGCGAUGCUCUGAAGUUAGAGUACUAGAGGAGAACAAGAGUGAAGAAAGGGUGUCUGCUCUAAAUUUGCUAAUCUGUUUGGUUAGCAGGUAUUUUGAUCAACAUGACCUAGCUGAUAAACCAUCCUAAUCUGUGCUUGGCCUCCAAGCAUCUUGCAUCAUCUGACUACCUAUGGUACUAUCAACAGUAACAGUCAGUUGCAGUGCAGAUAUGAGAUACCAUAUAACCUCUCCAAUACAGUCUCUUGAUAAUGGGUUUGGAACAGUUGUCAGUAGUAAAACUUAAACUGAUUUGGCUUAUUACAUGAAUUACUUCUGAUGUGAAGUUACCACUGAAAUGCCUACCCACUUCACACAAACCUCUGUCCAGCAGAAAGCCAUAAACCAACUGAACUGUAGGUAUGCAAGAACAGUUGAUCCUUUAAACUUCUGGAAUACAAGUUUACUUGUUUCAGUGGAAUUACCACAUGAAUAAAGACUUCCAGGACUGA